CCUCCCAGCUAGGUGGCCCUAGCUCAAAGAACACGUGGCGUCGGGCUAGAAAGGCACGCGUUGGCGGUGCCAGGAAGCGGGGGAAGGUGACUUCCGUCUCCACCUCUCCCGGCACGAGGGUCCCGGGAGCCCAGCCGGUGGGAAAAUGCGGCCCCUGACGGAAGAGGAGACCCGAGUCAUGUUUGAGAAGAUUGCGAAAUACAUCGGGGAGAACCUGCAGCUCCUGGUGGACAGGCCCGACGGCACCUACUGCUUCCGGCUGCACGACGACCGCGUGUACUAUGUGAGUGAGAUGAUCCUGAAGCUGGCAGCCAACAUCUCCGGGGAUAAGCUAGUGUCACUGGGGACGUGUUUUGGGAAGUUCACCAAGACCCACAAGUUCCGGUUGCACGUUACAGCCCUCGAUUACCUUGCACCCUAUGCCAAGGUAUGUGGGGCUGGUCGGUCUCCAUUUGGCCGUCGGGGAUGGUGUCAAGGAUGAUGGCCAGGUCAGAGCACAGGUUCACUGCCAUCGAGUUCCCGACAGCGUCAGCACAGGGCGAUGUUUGUAGGUUUAGGUUUUGGGGUAGCAGCAAAGUCUACUCAAGACUGCAGAAAAGUGGAUCCCAUGGCAAUUGUGGUGUUUCAUCAAGCAGACAUUGGGGAAUACGUACGGCAUGAAGAAACGCUGACUUAGGAUGGUCAUCCCAAGACCUUUUUUGCUGUGUGAGAGGACUUAGCUGUUUCCUGUGUGUGCAGACAUCAUCACGUUGAAUGUGGAGAACACAAUGUGGAUACAUGCAUCUUGGAUUCUUACUCAACAGAAAUGGCUUAAAAAUAGGGUUUCAGGCCCUCCAGAGGCAAAAGCAGGUGGAUCACAAGACCCGCUUGGGCUGCUUGGCAAGUUCAAGGCUAGCCUGGGCUACCUAGUGACCUUGUCUCAAAAAUCUAAAACAAACAACCCCAAAAGCUGUCAAGUGUUUGUAUAGUAAAUAGUGUUUCUGUUCUCUACCUGCGUCGACAUUGUUUGCAUCAGCAGACUUGAUCUGAUAACAGGUUCUAAGUUACUGCACUGAGGACGGGGCAGUUUUAUUGUUAUCUGUGAUAACACUCUUUUCCAGCCUAGUAAUAGCAUAUCAGACUUUCUACUAUUUUUUUAAUAUCAUUAAAGAUAGAAACUGCCAUAUAAGGAUAGUAAGCUAUGCCUGUGAUUUUACAGAUGGAAUUUAGUAAAAAUAAUAGAUGCAACUCAGCCAUUUUUCUUGGUGGUAAGUGGUGUAUGGUGUGGAAGGGCCUAUACUCAAGCCUCAUUCCUACCACCUGCCGGUUGUGUGGUAUUGGGCAAGUUACUCCACGAGACAGGCUCCGUUUUCUUCCUUUGUUAGGGGAAACAUGAGACUGCAGAGUGUGGUUGUACACACCUUUAAUUCCAGCACCGGGGAGGCAGAGCAGGCGGAUCUCUGUGGAUUCGAGGCCAGCCUGGUCUACAAAGGGAGUUCCUGGCCAGCCAAAAAAACAAAACCCACAAAACUGGAAAAAACGCCUUUAAUCAUCAAUGUAACAGCAAUAUUCAGAAUUAAUGAUUGUAAAGCAUAUAACAUAGGAUCUGGCAAACAGAUGUGAAUAAAUACUGAAAUGUUUUUAAAA